AUGAGGAAAACUCAGCCACAAGAAGAUGCCCGGAAGCUCCUCCCACUCCAGGGAGGCCUAUUUUCAGCUUUACCAAUGGGAGCUUUUCAAGGAAGAGUUUCCCUUCCAAGUGGGACGAUGCAGAGAAAUGGCUUGCAAUGCAGUGCUGGGUACAGGCCUCAGAUUGGCGACAUCUUUGCUGAAAAAUCCAGGUUCACUGAAGAGAGAGUUUCAAAAAUGAUCUCAACUUUUCAGGAGCCUUCAGUGCUCGAGCAUCAUACUUCAGCUGGAGCUAUCAAUGGGAUUUCUCUCUCACCUGCUGCAGAAGUAAUUCUAAAAGAUAAAUUCCCAAAUGAGGUGAAUCAAGCAACCAGUCCCAAAUUUGGGUGCUUGGAGCCUAUGCAAGAAGGUUUCUUAUUCGGAAACACAGUCAAAAGAUCCAUGAAUGAUGCAACCAUUCAGAGUAUGCACGAGGUGAAACUCAGGGAUGUUGGCACAGAUAUGACUCCUCUUGGCAGCUCCACCACUUCAAGGUGUCCAACUCCGUUCAAGAGCACUUCUCCAGCACGCCAUAACACACCAAAUGAUCGGUCUGGUCCCUUAGCCCAAAGUAGUAUUGAUAGCUCAAACUACACCAUUGACAUAACACAACUGCAAGAGUGCCAUAUGGCCAAGCUGCAAAUUGGAACACAAUUUGACUCUCUAACAGCCAAUUGGAGUUCCAGGGAGGAGGAAGAGGAGGAGAUAUCCAAGAGUCUUAGACACUAUGAGGUGAGCAAUGAGUGCCGGAGAAGUGUCUCUGAGACAAAAGCUUGUGCUUGGGAAGAAGAAACCAAAACAAAGAGCUGCCUAAGGUAUCAAAGGGAGGAAGCAAAAAUUCAAGCUUGGGUGAAUCUCCAAAGUGCAAAAGCAGAAGCCGAGUCAAGAAAACUUGAGCUGCAGAAUUACUGA